UGUUUGACGUUUUUAACCUAUUUCUUUCAAAAUGGCUCCCACCCGGAGUAUCAUCGGGUUUUUAAAUCCAAAAACCCUUACCGCGGUGUUUAGUAAUAAUAUUAACAAAACUACGUGUCGGUUCGUCCAUAAAUGUAAUAAAUGUGAAAAAUUUCUUGGAGGGCCUGCAAUUGCUGUUGCAUCAUUAGUGCACAAUAAAUUCAAUUGUAACACGGGGACUACUAGACAUCGAUAUAUUCACACCACCAACUGUCUGGCCGCUCGCGUCGAUUACUACAAGGUGCUGGGAGUUUCAAAGAAUGCCUCCGCUAAAGAUGUGAAGAAGGCAUACUAUCAACUUGCGAAGAAAUAUCAUCCAGAUGCAAAUAAAUCUGAUCCCGAGGCCUCUAAGAAGUUCCAGGAAGUCUCGGAGGCUUAUGAGAUUCUCUCUGACGAGAACAAGCGUAAGCAGUAUGACACCUUUGGCACAACGUCAGAGCAGAUGGGCAUGGGAGGUGCUCCGGGUGGGACUGACGGGUUCACCCACCAGUGGCAGUACAAGGCCACCAUAGACCCCGAGGAGCUGUUCAGGAAAAUAUUUGGAGACGCGGGUUUCAAGACUGAAUCGUUUAGUGAUUUUGCUGAGAGUCAGUUUGGCUUUGGUGCUGCUCAGGAAGUCAUAGUAAAUCUCCGCUUCACGGAGGCAGCGCGUGGCGUUAACAAGGAUGUGAACGUGAACAUAGUUGACACGUGCCCAAAGUGCCAGGGCUCCCGCGCCGAGCCCGGCACCAAGGCCAUCAAGUGCACCUACUGCAAUGGUACAGGGAUGGAGACGUUCUCGCGAGGGCCUUUCGUAAUGCGGUCCACUUGCCGGCACUGUCAUGGGACCCGCAUGUUGAUCAAAUUCCCCUGUGUCGAGUGCGAAGGAAAAGGCCAAUCGGUGCAACGCAAGAAAGUAACGGUCCCAGUGCCGGCGGGCGUGGAGGACGGGCAGACGGUGCGCAUGGCGGUCGGCAACUCUGAGAUAUUCGUCACCUUCAAGGUGGAGGCCUCCAAGUACUUCCGCCGCGACGGACCCGACGUGCACUCCGACUGUACGAUUUCCGUAUGCCAAGCCUUAUUAGGAGGCACAGUCCGGAUACAGGGCCUCUAUGAAGACCAUACACUGCAGAUAAUGCCAGGCACUUCGUCGCACAGGCUGAUCAGGCUGUCGGGGAAAGGCAUGAAGCUAGUUAGCAAGCACGGCUACGGAGACCACUACGUCCACAUCAAAAUAAAGGUCCCCGCAACUUUGACCGAGAAGCAAAAGGCGCUCAUCUACGCGUACGCCGAACUAGAACAAGACACGCCCGGCCAAAUCCUAGGUGUCACGUAUGACAGAGAUGGCAAGAAGGUGUCCGUAGCAGACAACCAACCCCUCACGGAUGCCGUCAAAGAAGCGCUUAAAGACAAGAAGACCAAUGAAGCCGAAGCUCCGAAGGCAGAUGGCGCCACCGAAGCGACGGAAGAACACAAAGAAUCUAAAAGGAGUAAAGCGUAGUAGACUUUUCGUGUAGGACUUUGAUCUAGCUACGAUACGUAGGGGAAAAUAAUAUGAAAUAAUUGUUGAAACUAGUUAUAAAAGAUAUCCGUACGCUAAUGUAUUUAGUAUAAUUGCAUCUAGCAUGUUAAUUAAAACUUAUUUGAAGUAUGAAAUAUAUUUAGGUAUGGAUUCAUUACUUGAAGACGAUUGGACCACUAUUAAUUUGUAUAUUAGCUGAAUAUUAGGCCACCAACAAAAAUAUUCAAAUUAUUUCAUAUAACAUAUACCAACCUUUGUAUCGUAGCUAAUGUCUUGAGGAAUUAAAAUAAAAACCUGAUUCUUUAUCACUACUUGUGCAUACAUGAAGAGAUAGCUUCUCCUAUCCCUUGUGACUUGAUAGCCAGAUGUGCUAGCCCUGCAUAAUCGGCCUUAAGGAUUAGAAAUUCAAUCUAUGUUUGCUUCAUUAUAUCAGAAAUAAUUCCAAUAUUUGAUAUCAUAAAUGCCUACUGAUUGACUGGCAUACGGAUUUAAAUGUUCAUUCUGGUAUUGUAUUCUGUUUUUGUUUAGAUUUCCAUCAUAUUUUCUUAUGAUUUUGUCUUACGAGUACACAACUUUUGUAGGUACAGUUCUGUGAUACGAUAGCAAUAAAUUAGAAUUUAUUUCUUACAGCUUAGAACUUAUUUUUGUUUGUGACUUCAUCGGUCUUAUUGAUUCCAAACAUAUGUUAUAGUGUCUCAGAUAUUGAACGGUAUAGCGAAGGCUAUGGAAUAGUAAUCAAAGCUGUACAUAGCAGUUGACUAGUUUGUAGGUUGGUAAUUAAAAUUACAAGAAAAAGAUAAUAA